AUGUCGGCCAUGGAGGCAAGGAGGCAGAUGGCCGAGCGCAGGGCGAAGGCGCAGGCCGAAGUGGAGGAGGAGAAGCAGAGGAGAGAACAGGAGCGAAGGGAAAAAGAGCGAAAGAAGAAGCGGAAGCAGAAGUACUUGGAAGAAGAGCGGCUGGCCACGGCUGUGAAGGAGAUGGAAGAGGCCAAGAGGCUCACUUGGGAGCAGAAGGUGGAAAGAGAGUGGUUCGCCUUGGAGUUUGCGCCUGCAGAGCUCCAGGCAAGCUUGUGCAUCCAACGAGGCCGCUUCGGCGCAUGGAAUGCUGAUGCGCAGCAACGCCUCCACAAGUGGCUGCUCACUGCACAGCGCCGAGCAGGGCAAGGGGAUGCGGCGCAGCUGUGCUUGGAGGACAAGAAGCGUCAAGUCUCGGAGUGCCAGUUCUUCAUCCUCGUCGUCUGGGUCUUCCUCGUGCUCGAGAAGACCUUGGAGCUCGAGACCGUCGUGGCAAACUUGGAGAAAGAGAACAGCAUGCUGAAGGCCCAGGCCCGUGCUUUGAAGGCAAAGAAGCAAUGUACAAAGCCGUGA